AUGGAUGAAGUUGAUGUGAUGACGCCUUUGCUUCGUAAACUAAGUGCAGCAAAUGUGGAGCUAUACAAGACUGCAAUAGCGAAGAUCGGGGAAGUCUACCCUGGAGCGAAGCUCGUGGUAGUAGACAAAAAAGACAUCCCGUCUCGACCGAGGGCACGAGUUUGGGUCCCUACACCCUCUGACCCACAGCAAGUCAUGCAGAUAAUAAGUGCAUGCAACCCAGGCCUUCCUACGGGGAGCUGGAAAUUUGUCAAGGUCUUUGACAAUACCGUAACAGUAGACGGUGUGGUGACGAAACGUGCCACAACGCAAGUAAUGCUGUUACUAACAAACGAUUCUCUAGAACCUUUGGCGAAAAGCGAAGGUAUGAUAAACUAUGGUUUUGGCAAGGUUAAGGUCAGAACCUAUAAAACAGAUGCUGAUGCCAUCGACCAAUUGGCCUCAGAAAUUGAGACCAAUGACGCUGAGGAAGAUCCUAUGGAGUCCUCAAGCGACGUCGAAAGCAUCGACAUAGAAGGAUACUGCUCGUCAGGGUCUGAACUCACAGCUAGACUCAAGAAAAUGAGUACAAGUACGACAACUGAGCUUACAGCUGGUUUGAGUACAACAUACUCAGAAAAAGAGCUCUUGAGCGACUCACAGGAAGAUUCAGAGAGUGUUAACCAUGCGUCUUCUACAAAUAAAUUUACAUCACAGUAA